GCUGUGUAUGAGCCCCAACGCUGCAAGCAGGUGUCUGUGGCAACCCAAGAUGUCUUCUAUUCUGAUAUCACGUAGGCUCUCUUCUAAGCUGUUAAAUCUCUCUCCUUCUUCUUGUGUUUAUUCUCAUUUCAUCUCCCAAGAAUCCCAAAACCAUGGCUUUAGAUUGUUUCCGCAUUUCUCUAUUUCUCCUUGUUCUCAACAGCAAAACCCUUCAACCCCAAUAAGCAUUUUGUUAGAUCGUACUCAAGUUUUACUACCCCUAUCAAAAAUCAUGAUUUUGCUCUGUCAGCAUUGGAAAAGUCAAGAUCUUUUUCAACAUUUACCAGGGAGAAAGCCCAAUCCCUGGUUUUAAGAAGGAAAUGACUUUAACAAUACCCUUGAGUUCAAGUAUUAACAAAUCAAAAACCUGAAUAUUUUUCAAGCUCAGAUUCACAUUCUGAUCCUGAGAAAUCCCAAAACCAAAGUGAAUGUCCAAGCAAAAUACCCCAUCUCAAGCAUAAAGAAACAGAGAAGCCUACCGUGGAAAGAGACCCCAAUGAGAAGAGAGAAGUUCCUGCAAGUAUGAUGAUGAAAAUGUAUGGUAUGAUCAAAAUUCUGGGUCUUCUGGGAGUAGCUCACACUGGGCUUGGAGCUUCGAUUUCUUAUAUCAAUGAAGGAACUAUAUCAAUAAAACAAGUGUUUGUCGAUUCUGGGGUGAUUAUUACAGGCACUUUUUGUCUGAUGCGACUUUGGAAACCAGCACCCUCUGAGAUAAAGAAGCAAGGUCUGCCUGACAAUUUUGCGAGGGUGCAUUGGGUGCAAAAGGCUCUGUUUUUGCUUAUACAGCUUUUGUUUUUCCUGCAUGGUCCUCUUCUAGUUGCUGGAAUUGUUCUUGUGCUGCUGCUGUUGGUAAUUGAUGGUUUGUUAGAUUGCUUACUUGAAUGUCCUGCUCCUGCAUCUUCAAUGCUACUUCAUCCAAUAGAGCAAAAGGUUGUUUCGCCACAAACAGGAAAGGCUUGGAUGAUUCCUCAAGAGGAAUAA